UUUCGUUUUCUCUUGCACAGUACUACCUUUACCAAAUCUACACGCCAUUCCCUUUUCCACUUCCUAGAAAUUUCCUGCUUUUGUUACCUUUUAUAUAUCCACUCCCGGACCCUCUCUUACCUAUAUUAUCGUUUCAGUAUCAACACAUAAUUAAUUCCUGUAUUCAGAGUUGAAGAGGAAAUGGAGAAUGGAAAUCAGUCGUCUUUCUGGCAAUUUAGUGAUGAUCUUAGGCUCGAAGGAAGCAAUAUGGCGGGCCUUUCUUUGAAUGACUCAAUUUGGAGCACCAACUAUUCGACCAAACGCUCCACUGAGCAGAGGCGGAAUUUCGACGUAAGGGUCGGUGCCAGUGAGGUUAAUAACUCUUUCAAUUCAAUCAACCCAGUUGAUAAUUCCAAGUCUGAUUUCAAUAGCUUCAAUUUUGGGUUCAGCAAUGAUGGACGGAAAGCUGGGGUGUAUGGUAAUAAUGAUUCUGGGUAUGGUUCUGCUGGUUUGAACAGUGAGAUCAAUUCAGUCAACUCAUUCUUCAACAAUCCUGUUGAUGAAUCCAAGUCAGAUUUCAAUGGCUUCAAUUUCGGGUUCAGCAACGAUGGAUGGAAGGCUGGGUUAAACAGCAAUAAUACUAAUUCCGGCUACGGAUCGGUUGGGUUGAACGGUGGCUUCAACAAAGGAAUCUACUCGACCCCUUCUCUGAAUUUUAACAGUUACAGUAAGGGUAAGAAUCUUAACAAUGUUCUGGCGAACGGGAAGACAAAUAAAGGUGGUAAAAAUGAAGACGAACACUGCUAUGGCGGGAAUAAAGGUGGAAAGAAGAAUAAGAAUAAUAAGGAGAGCAAUAACAACAAUAAUGGUGAAAACAAGAGUGCUUCUGAUAAGAGGUUCAAGACUUUGCCACCCUCGGAAUCUCUGCCUAGAAACGAAACAGUUGGCGGGUAUAUCUUUGUGUGCAACAAUGAUACGAUGCAAGAGAAUCUCAAGAGACAGCUCUUUGGCUUGCCUCCCCGUUAUCGAGAUUCAGUCCGAGCAAUUACUCCAGGAUUACCUCUGUUUCUCUACAACUAUUCGACGCACCAACUUCAUGGAGUUUUUGAGGCUGCGAGUUUUGGUGGCACAAAUAUUGACCCAACAGCUUGGGAAGACAAGAAAAACCCUGGUGAAUCACGCUUCCCUGCUCAGGUUCGUGUACUUACAAGGAAAGUCUGUGAGCCUUUGGAAGAAGACUCUUUCAGGCCAAUUCUUCACCACUAUGAUGGUCCUAAGUUCCGCCUAGAGUUAAAUGUCCCUGAGGCAAUCUCGCUCUUGGAUAUUUUUGUAGAAGACAAACCUUUGAGCAUUUGAUGAAUCGGAGCACGGUAUACUGCACACAUUAUACAACACAAUGAACUAUGAAGGAAAUAGAGGGAAAGAAUGAAUCUCAGUUGUACUUUCGAAGCACAUUGAAGUUAUACUGUUAAAGAAUAGCCAAUGGUCAUCUGUAAAUAUAAAUCUAUGGAAUGUGAGAGACUUCUAUUAGGGAGUUCAAUAUUUCCUUUUUUGUAAUAUGGCAAGCUGAAAUAUUUUUAUUUAUAAAUAAUCAAAAGCUGAGUUUAGCUUGUUGUGUUGGCAUGUUGCAAAUUUGAGUCGAGAUUUUUGCAAGUGGUGAUGAUGUUGGAAGUUGAACGAUGUGGUUUGUUGAAAUGGUCAAAUCACCAGCCCUUCUUUUUCAAAAUUAUUGAGAAUAUUAUUUUGUCCCCUAUUCAA